GUGUGUGUAUGUAUGUAUGUAUGUAUGUAUGUAUAUAUAUAUUGACUCUAUCGUUAGAGAAAGGAAGAGAGAGAGAGAGACAAUAGAGUUACAGGAUAAAGAAAAAAUAAUAUGAAAGAUAACAAUAUAUAUGUAUAUAUAUGUAUAUAUAAAUAUAUACUUGUAUACACACACACAUACACACACACACAUGCACACACAAGAGAGAGAGAGAGAGAGAGAGAGAGAGGAAAAAUGUAAAAGUGAAAGAGAUUCGAAACGAACGACCUCGAUAUCUCGUGGACGAACAAGGCGUAUUGUAAAGCGGAAAGGCAACUGUGCUGUCCGGAAUUUCGAGAUUAACGUUUACAAUGGAGCACGAAACUCACAAGACAGAGAGAGAAAGAAAAAGAGAAAUAGAGAGAGAGAAAGGAUGGAAGAGAAAAAGGAAGAAAGAGAAAAAGAUACAUACCUAUCUUCUGUUGAAAAAAGAUUGAAAUUUGUCGAUUACAUGAAGAUCGCACGAACCAGACAGACAUAAACUGCAAUAACUGCAAUUGCAAUUAUAAAUCUCUUUCUUAAAUUCAGGAUUUCUUUUCUAUUGUUUUUUUUUUCUUCGUUCGUUUGGUUUUGAUUAUUGUUUUUAUUAUUAUUAUUAUUACUAUUACUAUUAUUAUUAUUAUUAUUAUUAUUAUUAUUAUUAUUAUUAUUAUUAUUAUUAUUAUUAUUGUUAUUAUCGUUAGCAUAUUUUUUUUUCAUCCUUUGUUCACUCUCUCUGCCAAUAAUCAUACCGGUGAUCACUUUGAUAAUAUAAUUUCAAAUUCCGUCCAUUGGGAAAAAAUAUUUUUUUUUUUUUACUUUUCUCUUUCGAUUUCUAUUCACAAAGAAAAAUCUUCUAUAUAUGAUUGUGAGAACUCGGCUGGGUUUUAAUUUAUUUUGUUGGAAGCUUACUUUUCGUCUAACGUGUAGACGGAUUAAUAUCAAGGAUUGUUCUCAUAUCAUAGUUGCGAUUUAAAUUGAAUGUAUCGAGAGAAAAAAAAAUGAAUAAAAAACUAAAUAAAAAAGAAAACAGAAAUUACUCGUGAAAAUAGAAAGAGAAAAGUAAAAAAAAAUCUCCUCUUCGUUCUAUGUGUGUCUCCUUUCUUUUUCCGUUUUUCUUGUAUACGUCUAUUUUCUUAUUUAUUUAUUUAUUUAUCUUUUUUUUUUGUUUCUUUAAUGUUGUCGAUUAUUUUUUAUUCUUAUGUCUGAGGACACAAAAAUAUAUUCCCUUCCUUUUUUUUUUUUUCUUGUUUUCUCUCAAAUACGCUAAAUGUUUUCUUUUAGUUAUCAAUAUUUUUGUUUUCAGAGAACGAAGAGGAAGAGUCCAUUCAUUGACUACGAAAUAGAGAGAGAGAGAGAGAGCGAGAGAGAGAGCGAAAGAGAGAGAGAGAUAGAAUCAAUGUAAAAGUUAAAUAGAGCGUAAAAAACGCGUCACAUACACGCGCAUCCACACACACACGCACACAUACAUACGUACGAAAAAGAGAGAGUGAGAAAAAGAGAGAGAGGAGAAGAAAAAUAUGGCUACGACAUAUUCCAGAAGACGCUGGUGUCUAAUCUCGGCGAGUAUAAACGCGCCGACGCUUUUUCUCUUUUUUAUUAUUUUUCUAUCUUCCUUUUUUUUAUUUUUUAUUUUAUUUCAUUUAUUUAUUUCUUUUUUUCUUUUGAUUCAACGGAUAAAAUCUUUUUCGUUACUUACAAUUAUUAAGACCUACUGUGUACUGUCUAUGAUAAUUUGAUAUUGUGUUCAAUACGAUUUUUAUUUUUUGUUUUUGACAAAUCGAUUAGAACGUCGAGUGUUUGAAUUGAAUAUGAAAAAGAAAAUACAGAGAAAGAGAGAGAGAGAGAGAGGGGGGGGGGAGAGAGAGAGAGAUAAAAAGAGAGAGAGAGGGUGGAUCCUUUCUUUAAUAUAAUAUAUAUAUAUACACAUUUUAUAUCAAAGUUCCUAAAAAAAGUGCAGAUUUAUAUAAUAUAAUAGAAUAUAAGAAACUCGUGCGCAAUUAUGUGUUGUUCUAAUAUAUCUCUCCUACUCUUUCUUUCUUUCUCUUUCUCUUUCUUUCUUUUCUCUCUCUCUCUCUCUCUCUCUCUCUCUCUCUCUCUCUCUCUCUCGCUCGCUCGCUUUUUUCGUCCUGAUGAGAGGAAAAAAAAAGAAGACAAAAAAUAAAAAUCAAAAAAAAAAAGAAAAAGAAAAGAGAAAAAAAGCAUUAAACGAGUAGUAAAACGAGCAAAACUGCCUACCACUUGUUAUCGUUCUUCCUUAACGAUUAUUAUUUUAGGAAGUAUAUACAUAUAGAUAUAGGUACUUGUUAAUCGUAUAUUAUUUUAUUCAAUCUUAUUAUAUAAUACGAUAGAACGCAAUGGACAAUGCUCGUUGAUCUCGUCUUCGAAUAUUUAUUUCGAAGUUUGUUCAACGCUCAACGAGAUUUUCUUUUUUCUUUCCUUUUCCUUUUCUUUUCUUUUUUUUUUUUUUUUAAUUCAGAAAAUAAUAUAAAAUACAAUGUGCCACGCAUCGUCGAGACAAGUGCGAAUAUCAAUUAAUCGAUUACGCGUAAUCAAGUGUGCGAUCAUUUUAAGAGAAUGUUUAUUUACCUUUAGAAAUCGUUUUAGUGGAUCUUCUUAGAUGGAUAUCGUUUUGCUGUUCUUAUUCCAAUAUAUUUCUUUUUUCCCUAUUUUUUUUUCUUUUUUUUUAUUUUUUUUUUUCUAUUUUUUUUUUAUUCUUUUUCUUUUUAUAUAUAUAUAUUUUUUUAAAUUAAACUGACAGUCAUAUUAUUUUGCUCAUUAGAUUCAUAGAAUCUUCUUUGCGUAGAUAAUUUUGAUGAUUAAUUUUUCUACUUCUUCUUCUUCUUCUUCUUCUUCUUCUUCUUUCUUGUUAAUAUUUUUUGUUCUAAAUGUUGUAGAUUAAUCAGCGAAUUAAAUUCUACGUUCUGCGUUGUUUAUUUCUUAAUGAUAAAUAAUAAUAAUUCGUUCUCCGUAAUAAUUUUAUGAUAUAUAUAUAUAAUUUCUCUUUUUAAUCAACUAACCAUCUAAUACGAUAUAUUAUAUAUAUAUAUAUUUAUAUUUAUAUUUAUAUAUAUAUAUAUCAUUUUAAAAGGAAAAAAUAGGUCGAUCAUAGUUUCAAAAGGCCACGUUCAAAUUAGAUGGAUAUUUUUUUCGUUUAUUACAUACCAGAUAAUAUUUCUUCUUAUUCUACUUGCUAUUUAAAAAAUGGCGAGCAUAUACGCGAUACAUACAUAUAUAUAUAUACACACAUACAUACAUACAAAAAACGACGAGUUUAUAAUUUAUUAAAGAAAUGUUAUUCACUUUGCGUACGCUGCCCCGUGUAUUGUAUAAGAGUAAUAUCUUUUUCUUUUUUUUUUUUUCUUUUUACCGUUUCUCGUAUACAUCGCAUAUACUAAAAAGCCCAAGAAAAAAUUUUUUUUUCUUGCGGCGGUUCGAAAAAAAAAAGAAAAAGAGAAAUAAAAGUACCAACAAAUGAAUCGACGAGAAAGAAACGAAAAAAAAAGAAAAAAGAAAAAGAAAAAAAAUCCACGUUACUUUUUCGAAUUAUACAUUUAUAAUAUUUUCAUGCGCCCGAAAACUAAUUCUCAAUAUCAGCUGUCCUCUUAACUUAUUCGUAAUUUUAAAAAGCUCGAUUAUACUUAUAUAAAUAUAUCUAUCUAUUUUUUAAUAAGUUGUUGAUAAGUGUUGGUAUAUUUGUUUGCAGUAAAUACAUACAUGUGUAUAUGGGUAUGGCCAUUGCAAAAUAAUGUGAUUUUCACUAAUAACCGAUAGAACAAUGUUAAGAUUAUAUUAUAUAUAGUUUUUUUAAACGAACAACGAUUGUAAAUCGAACGAUACUUCAAAUCAAAUCGAACAAUGUAUUUGCGAAUUUUAAUUUUCGACUUAAAGAGUCCGACGUUAAUACAUAUAUAAUCUGUUAAAUAAUAUCGUUCACGAAUGUUAAUUAUUCGGAGCUUUCGAAGCAAUUUUUCUUUUCUUUUUUUUUUUUACGACCAUAUUUGAUUAUGUCAGACGUAAACAAGAGAAAAUGUUAAAGGAAACGAAAUUGUUGAAUCUUUAUAUAUAUAUGUAUAUAUAUAUAUAUAUUUCUUUGAUUUUAGAUUUACAUGUAUAUAUACAACCCCAUAAGAUACCAUUAUUUCGAAUAAUUACGGUUGUUUUUCCUAUGCGUUUGAAACGUCAUGUUUAUACACACACACACACACACACAUAUAUAUAUACAGAUAUAUGUAUAUAUAUAUAUAUAAAGAUUCUACAAUUUCGUUUCAUUUAACUAUCUAUUUAUAUAUAUGUGUGUAUGUAUGUGUAUAUAUAUAUAUAUAUACACAUACAGACACACAUAUAUAUAUAUAUAUCAAUAUCUGUAUAUUAUUUUUUCUUCUCCCCAUUUUAUGAGAGCCGUAAGACUGAUAAUCCUCAUUAACUAUAUAUAUAUAUACAUAUAUAUAUAUAUACAUAUACAUAUACAUAUAUAAUAUAUUGUAAAUAAUGUAUGUAUAAUGUGAACAUUUUGGGAACGUGGUUUGAUAAAACUUUUACCAAGCAUAAUUGAGCUUAUGAGAAACAUAUAUACCUACAUAUAUCCAUUAAUAUACAUAGACAGACAGACACACACACACACACACACAUAACAUAUGCAAAAACAUACAUACGUAAGCAUUAACAUAACGUUCGAAUUAGCAUUAUUUCUAAUAAAAAUAUAACCACAAUGAGAUCGAUCUUUUUGUACAAGUUUUAUUUAUGUAACUCUGUAAUGAAGUUACAUCGACGAUUAUGUAACAUCUAAGAGGAGCGUGAAGAGUGAAAAAAGAAAAAAAACAUUGCCAAUAGAUUGUUGUUAAACACAUGCAUCACUGAUACACACAACAAACAUAUUUUUUUUUAAUCCUAUCCAUAUUAUUCAUUUUUCAUUUUUCUUAUAUGAACGAGCGUGUGCAUGUAUGAGAAUACGCACAUACGCCGUAUUGGCUAUAUUAGAAUUUGUUCGUUUUUAUUUGGUUUUGUUUUAUUAUUAUUAUUAUUAUUAUUAUUAUUAUUAUUAUUAUUAUUAUUAUUAUUAUUUUGUUUUUUUUUUAUUUUUUUUUUCUUUCUUUUUAUAUAUAUAUAUACUUUAAACUAAACUACAAUGGACGAUAUAUAUAUAUAUAAAAUCAGCUCUGUUACUUUAGAUUUAUGUUAUCUGCGUUACGUUACAAUAAAUCAUCGACCUCGUGAUUGUAUCAUCGUUAUUAAUUAAUUUUAUUAUUAUUAUUAUUAUUAUUAUUAUUAUUAUUAUUAUUAUAUUAUUUUUAUUUUUAUGAACAAAUAAUUAUGUUUUCUUUUUGUUGUAUAUAUUAUACACAUGCAAACACAAACAUACAUACACAUACACAAACAUAUAUAUAUAUAUACACAUAUAUUUUUAUCGAACGUUAUUUGUAUGCAUGCUUAUAUUAUGGGAAUCGAAUUUGUAAAUACAAGCUAAAUACAAGAAGGCUACAAGGAAGUUCUUGCAAUAAAAGAAAAGAAAUAAAAGGAAUAAAAAAUAAAAAAUGAAAAAAAGAAUGUAAAAACGAAUAA